AUGAGGAAACUUAAAAAUGGUAGUAAAAUACUAACAUCUCCAAAGUUAACACUUCGAUAUUCUACGACUUUUCAAGCGGAUAAAAAGAACUCUAGAAGAAUCCCAAUCCCGUACAAUCCCAAGUAUACGAAGGGACUUGAUAAGGUUUUCAAAGACUUAGGCAAUCCGAAAGAUAAAGUGGACACACUUGAAAAGUCGGGAAUAUACGAAAUAAGUUGUAAUGAUUGUGAUAAAACAUAUAUAGGCCAAACCAGGCGACCCAUAAAAACAAGGUUCAAAGAACACAUAGCCCAUUUGAAAUAUGGAAGGUUAGAUAAAUCUUGUGUAGCCGAACAUAUGUUCAAUCACAAUCAUAACACACAUAUUACUAACCUCAAAUUAGUUAAGCAAGUUAAUAACAUUAGAAAACUAGACGCAUAUGAAAGCUUAGAGAUAUUUAAGAAUAGUAAUAGAGUAAUGAAUAAGGAUAAUGGACCUAUUCCAUAUAGCCCUCUAUAUAGUUUAUUCAAGUCUGUCUCAGGAUCAAUUGAGGAGAUGUUAGCUCGUUUAGAAGAGUUUCAAACGAUGUUAUAUUUCGUGACACAGGACAGGAUAGACUACAAUGAUAUCCUUACUUCUAUACCGAAUUAUGGCGUCGAAUUUGAUCAAAUAUGCAAUAAGAUUGAUACAUUAGAGAGCUUGAUAUCACACAUACAAAGUAAUUUGGAUCAACUGGAACAUGAGAUUGAGAAAGCCGAGACUGAGUUAGGGUGUACUGAGACAUCUGCAAUAAAAGUUACUAAUAUCUUUACUCCUUUAUUCGAACUUCGUGUGCGUACCUUGGUACCAGAGUUACUUUGCUAUAAGUGCCUGGACGCCAGAAGAACCAGAAUUAUACUUUUUGGUGUUAUCACAAGUGCAGCUCAAGAAUUACAAUACCGGCUGUCCCAGAACUUUCAGGCCAUCAGCAGAUAUCUGGGUUAUCUAACAUUCGAAAAAAAUUUAAAAAAAUUGGGAGGAAAAGCUCUUUAA